ACACUACAUGCACACACAGUACAUGCACACAGUACAUGCACACAGUACUUGCACUGCACCCCCGCCAUGCCGCUGCUCGACAACCACCUCGAGCAGAUCGCGCUCUGCGCCACAUCGAUCGCAGACCUGCAGUUCGCCCCGCCCAAGAUCUUCACCAACGCGCUGCUGCAGAACCACGACAUCACCAGCCUGAUCCGCGACACCGAGGCCCACGAGCGCGCCCUCUUCUCCGUGCCGCCGCCGCCCACCGCCCCCAAGCACGCCGAGCCGCCCUCCACCAACCGCCGCAACACCAUCUUCAACCCCACCGCCGGCCCCGCCGCCACGACCUCCGGCGGCGGAGCCAAUGCCGUGCGCGCCCCCAGACGUAACACCGCUGUGGCCGCCGUGCUGGGCUCCGAGCUGGUCGAGCGCAUCAGGCGCGGAGGUGGCGGCGGCGCGGGCUCCGGGCUGGGCUACCGCAAGUACGACGCCAGCAACAAGAACGACGUCGACGUCGAGUCGCUGCUGGAGGGCGCCGAGAAGCUGCUGAGCGUGUACCAGGUGCCGGGCGCGCUCGAGAAGAUUGCCGCCAUGCGCCAGCGCCACGCCCGGCUCGAGGCCUCGCUGGAGUACUACGAGAGCCGUCUCGCCGAGCAGACGGUGCAGCUGGGCCGACUCAAUCGCUCACGUGGCGACUACGUCGACGAAGACGAGGUCGAAGAGCCCCCCGAGGACGUCAUCCUGACAGCCGACGACCUGCGCCGAGAGGAAGAGGAAGUGAAGCAGCUGGAGUCGAAGAAGAGGGGGCUUGAAGACAGGGUGCAUUCCAUGGGCAGGGAUAUUUCGGGGCUGCGGUGAACUCAGCAAUGCGAAGAAUGAGAACCAGGCACCUCAAGAGACAUGUCAAGGCUGCGGUGAACUU